GGCAGCGCCGGAGUCAGUUUGUGGGCGGUCUCCGGCUCCUCCCCACUGCUGCACACGUGUGGCUAAGAUGGCGUCUCCCAUGGCAAGUCAGGCUGGGACAGCGUUGCGGGACUUGGCUUUCCUCAGAGCGUCCUUGCUUAGGAGGUGCAGCCCGGCUGUUCAGUUGACCCCUAGACGAUGGCUAAAUCUGCAGGAAUACCAGAGUAAGAAACUGAUGGCUGAUCAUGGGGUCACAGUUCAGAGAUUCUUCGUGGCUGACACUGCCAGCGAUGCUUUUGAGGCUGCUAAGAGACUAAAGGCUACGGAGAUUGUAUUGAAGGCCCAAAUCCUAGCUGGAGGAAGAGGAAAAGGUCUUUUCAGCAGUGGACUGAAAGGAGGUGUGCAUCUAACUAAAGACCCUAAAGUGGUAGAGCAGCUUGCUGAACAGAUGAUUGGGCACAAUCUCACAACUAAGCAAACACCAAAGGGUGGUGUUACAGUUAAGAAGGUUAUGGUGGCAGAAGCACUGAACAUUUCCAGAGAAACUUAUUUUGCAAUAUUAAUGGAUCGAGCUUGCAAUGGACCUGUUCUGGUAGGCAGCCCCCAAGGUGGGGUUGAUAUAGAAGAAGUGGCAGCAAAAAGUCCAGAGCUCAUCUUCAAGGAGGAAAUAGAUAUUUUUGAAGGCGUGAAGGAUACUCAAGCACUACGGUUGGCAGAAAAUCUAGGAUUCAAAGGGCCUUUGAAACAGCAGGCUGCAGAUCAAAUUAAGAAACUAUAUAACCUUUUUCUGAAAAUUGAUGCCACUCAAGUUGAAGUGAAUCCCUUUGGUGAAACUCCAGAAGGACAAGUUGUGUGUUUUGAUGCCAAGAUAAACUUUGAUGACAAUGCUGAGUUCAGGCAAAAAGAGAUAUUUGCCAUGGAUGACAAAUCUGAGAACGAGCCAAUAGAAAAUGAAGCUGCCCAAUACGACUUAAAGUACAUAGGCCUCGAUGGAAACAUUGCAUGUUUUGUCAAUGGAGCUGGGCUUGCUAUGGCAACCUGUGAUAUAAUUGACCUUAAUGGCGGAAAGCCUGCCAAUUUCCUGGAUCUUGGUGGAGGCGUGAAGGAAGAACAAGUGUAUCAAGCAUUCAAAUUGCUCAGUGCUGAUCCUAAGGUUGAAGCCAUCCUGGUCAAUAUAUUUGGUGGCAUUGUGAACUGCGCCAUUAUAGCAAAUGGCAUCACCAAAGCCUGCCGAGAGCUUGAACUGAAGGUGCCUCUAGUGGUCAGACUUGAAGGGACAAAUGUUCAUGAAGCCCAGCGCAUUUUGAAUGAAAGUGGACUGCCAAUCACCUCUGCCAGUGACCUUGAAGAUGCUGCUAAGAAAGCUGUGGCUUGUGUGGCAAAGAAAUAGAGACCACCAACAAAUGCAAAUGUUUAAUUCACAAUAGACAUUCCCAAUAUUGCCUCAGAAUUUAAAUUUACAGUUGUUUUAACCUGCCAAAGUAAGGCUAGACUUGACCUAUGAAUGAUAUAUUGAAAUUAGAAAAUGUUUGAUUUGUAAAAACUGAGAAUGAUAUUGAUUGGUGAAUUCACAGAGCCUCUACUUCUAAAUGUGCCAUCAGAAUGAAUGAGCUGCAAGCAGGUAUAAUUUACCCUUGCCAUUCAGGCUUGUUUCUCAUGUAAUCUAUAAUACAUCUGUGACUCCUAAUUUUUCUAAUCUUUUGAUACACAUUGAGUAUCCUGAGGGGAUAGGAGGCCUUAUUGUUAAUCAUGGUCAGGAUCCAGAGAACCAUACGACUAGUUACUUGGAUCCAAGAGGCCUUUGAACUUGUAUCUUGCACAUCACAACCCUCCCAUGCCACACCACAAACCAGUUUUGAAACUGACAAAACUUUCAGAAGCUUGUGAUAUUGGGUGGUGGCAUGCUGUUUGAUUUAUUAUUAUUAUCAUUAUUAUGAUUAUGAUUUUGUAAGACAAAAUAUUCCCACAGGGUGCCUAAAGUAACUCUCUGGCUCUCAGCCAAUAUGUUUUAGUAAACCUUUCCAAUUAUGGCUAGAGAAAUGAAUGUUUAUAUUGUAUCUUUUGAGUCAAAGUAAUGGGAAUUGUUUAUUUUUGCCCCUUGGAAAUAUGUGCUCAUACCACAAAUGCCUUAAAAUCUAAUGCUUGUGUUUUGAAUCCCAGUAAUAUACCUCAUAUUAGAUGAAAAAUUGAAAGUGGUGUUAUGCAAGAGUCUCACUUUAAUACUGCCCCAUGACUGAAUGAAUCUCUAAUCAUAUAAUAUGAUUUUAAUCACUGAAGGAGAAAUACAACACAUCCUAACAUCACAGUGCCAUGUGGUGUCUGUGUCCAUUUAAUAACUGACUGUGAGCUUCCAGAAUCAAUGUGCAUAGUAGUAUUAGAAUUGCCAUCCAUAGCAUACUGAAGAAUGUUCCCUCCUGCAGGGGCUAUCUCAUUGACAUUAAUCCGUCCAUACCGAUACAACUUAUUAGGAAUUGCUUCUGUCCUGUAAUGCGAAAAAGAAGACAUCUCUAAUGAAAAACAUUGGGGAUAUGAUCGAGCCAAAAAUAAUCACUUUUAAGUUAUGUGGAUUUUAGUGAAAGUAUGUUUUACUUUCAUUUUGAAACAAAUUGAACAUACUCAACUCUGACUUGACUGUACUUUUCAUCUGUGGAAAAAAAUGCAUGCAGAAAGCUGCAAAACAUUUUCAGCUGACACAGUAACCACUGUAGUGUGCUUGCUUCACUGUGGAAAGACUUAUGAAAAUCAAACUGCUCACUGUGGAAGUCAUGCUGGUUUUUUACACAAGUUGUGUAAAAAACCAGAUGCUGGUUUUUUACACAAGUUAUCCUAUCAGGAAAUGAAGAGGUUGUUCUACUGACACAAACCAGGAAUUUAUGUGUUAAAAUCAUAUUUAGUUAAAAAAAUGUAAAGAAUAUUACUUAAAGUUUGUAAUGUAAUGAGUGAAAUUUAUUUAAUAAAAUUUUCAUUGUUAAAUAUA